AUGAAGCAUGAAGGCAAGUGUGCCUUUCCAUUCAGGUAUAAGCGGAGAACAUUCUAUUCUUGCAUCAGGAGCUCGUCCAAACAUGACUGGUGUUCGUUAAAUAAGACUUACCAAGGCUAUUGGAAGUAUUGUGGUAAACAAGACAUUGCAGACUGUGCGUUUCCCUUCUGGUACAAACGCAUGAUCUACCGGGAGUGUACUGACGAUGGGAAUUUGUUUGGGAAAAAGUGGUGUUCGUUGACCCAGAAUUUUAAUAAGGAUGGAAUUUGGAGAUAUUGUGAUUGA